AUGCGCCCGAGGCAAGGACAGGGGGGGAACGGCCGCCGAGCGUGUUGGAGAAAGGUCUUGGCAGGCUCGCUGCUCGUCCUGGGGUGCGUCCUCGUUGCGUUCCAGCGCAUAUCACGCCAUCGCCACUAUCAUACCUGCACACCACCGCCUCACCAGAGGACCUACGAUGGCGAGAGCGUCAGCUGGACAGCGUGCGGGAGCGUGGCGGGCCGCGCGCUCGAGUGCGGCAGCAUCGACGUGCCGAUGGACCAGUUCAACGCGAGUAACAACGGGCCGCCCGACAGCCUCAGAAAGUUCACCAUCCCGCUCGCGCGGCUGCGCGGCGGCGCGCACGCGACGCGCAACAUCCUGCUGAACCCUGGCGGGCCUGGCGCCAGCGGCACGCAGUUCGUGCACCGGCUGGGGGCGCAGAUCGGCGCGAUCGUCGGCGACGGGUUCCACCUGGUAGGCUUCGACCCGCGGGGCGUCAACGCGUCGCGGCCGGCGGCGAGCUGCUACGCGUCAGACGCCGACCGGCAGCGGCUGGCGGGGGCAGUGCGCGCCAAGCGGCUCGUCGCCGACAGCGGCGACCUGUUCGCGUGGGCGGCCGGGUACGUGCGCGCGUGCGCCGACGAGCUGGGCGAACACGGCGCGUUCCUCAACACGCCGCAGACGGCCGCCGACAUGAACAGCAUCCUCGACGCGCUGGGCCAGCCCGACAUGUACUACUUGGGGUUCAGCUACGGCACGCUGCUGGGGCAGACGUACGCGGCGCUGUUCCCCGGGCGCGCGCGCCGCGUCGCCAUAGACGGCGUCGCGAACCAGUUCCACUGGUACGGCGAGCAGCUGGACCGCGAUGUCAUGACCGACUCGGAGCGCGCGCUCGCUGGGUUCGCCGACGAGUGCGUCAAGGCGGGCCCCGGCGGCUGCGCGCUCGCUGGUUUGGCUGACACGCCGGCGCGGCUCGCGGACAGGCUGGUUGCCGCGAUCGACAGGCUCCGCGACGACCCCCUCGGCGUCUACGUCAACAGCACUCUGUUCGGCACGCUCGACUACUGGGACGUGUGGUACGGCGGCGUGUUUCCCGCGCUGUGCAAGCCGGCCACCUGGCGCGCGCUCGCCGACAGCCUGGCAGCCCUUCUCGGCAUCGGCAACCACAACAACUCCAGCACCAGCGGCGUCAGCACCAGCAGCGUCAGCCUCAGCGUCAGCGACAUGCUCGACAGCGGCAACGCGACAGCGGCGUUCCUGUCGUACGGCAAGCCGGGCACGGACCGGCCGAGCGCGAAGCGCGACGCAGAGGUGGUGAUCACGCUCAACGACGGGGCGUCGGGCGCAGCAGGGAACUGGCCGCGCACCCGAAAAGGGCUGCUCGACAUUCUGGAGCCGUACGCGGACGCGUCGGCCUUCGGCGCCGACGGCUUCGCCUUCGCGCUGUACUUUGCGAAGCAGGCGUGGGGGGUCGCGCGGACGCACACGUACACUCCCAAACGCGGCGUCACGACGGCGCACCCGCUGCUGGUCCUCUCGACGACGUUCGACCCCGUGUGCCCGCUGGUGUCGGCGCGGUCGGCGCGCGACGCGUUUGUGGGCGCGCGGCUGCUCGAGGUCAAGGGCUACGGCCACUGCACGCUCAGCGUGCCGUCGCUGUGCAUGGCGCGGCACGUGCGGCGGUAUUUCGAGGAGGGGGUCUUGCCCGACGACGGCGCGCAGUGCGAGGCGGAUGGGAAUCCGUAUUUUGGUAAUCUUGAGAUGGAAGAGGAGGCUGCUGCUGCUGCCGGGCUGCUCAGUGAUGACGACAGGCGGAUCCGGCUGGCUCAGCUCGAGCUGGCGAGGGACGUGUCGUUCAAAACGUGGUGGACUUGA